AUGGGAAACAAAACUUCUGGUCAGCAUCAUCUUCGCUUUCCAUCCUCUCUUCACUCUGAAGACGACCAUGUUCUUGAAAAGUUCAAAAAGCUCAACACUCAAGAUCCUUCGUAUGAGAAUACAGCCCAACAACAACUGCAGGAUGUCAACGUAUCCUUUUCAAAACCGAAACGAACGAAUUUCCAUCGAGAACGACCCUUUGAUCCCAACUCGGUUGAAUAUAAAUUAUUGGAGAGUAUCAUUCAGACCCUUCCCGAAUAUCAAGAAUUGAAGGAUCGUCCCAGCGAUCAAUUGGAAUACAUGCAAAAGAAGAUACUCCUCAUACAGACCAUUCAUAAUCAUGUGGUAGGAAGUGAAGCCGUUUUCAGAACACCCUUCGCCAACAAUCGUUACUUGCCCAUCACUUAUUGUGAUUACAUUGCGUCUGGAAAACCUUUAAAGUUCAUCGAGGACUAUAUCUUUGAAGAGGUCUUACCUACCUACGCUAAUACUCAUACCACGACGAGUUUCACUGGUUAUCAAACGACACAUUUCCGUGAGGAUGCACGACAAAUCGUCGCUCAGUGUGUGGGAGCUCACGUUGUAUCGAGCAUGCAUAUCACUUCCUCAGAGGAUGAACAAGCCAUCAAGUGUGAAUGUGCAGCGUCUUGUCCACCUCAUGAGGAUGUAGCCUCUUCUUCACAGCACCAACUUCCAUCAGAAGACCUUGAUGUAGUUUUAUUUGAAGGAAGUGGAAGUACCUCUGCCAUUGCCACACUUGUACACUGUAUUGGAAUAAGGGAAAAAGUGUUGAAAGCUCAGAAUGAGGACGAGUUGCCCGUAGUUUUCAUAUCUCCUUAUGAACAUCACUCGAAUAUUUUACCAUGGAGAGAGUCUGGUGCUUUAGUGAUUCAGAUUAUUGAGGAUAAAUAUGGAAAUGUUGAUCUGGGACAUUUGGAGUAUUGUUUGAAAAAGUUCUCCACCUCGAAUGCAACAACAAACGUUUCUCGUCAACGAAUGAUCAUUGGUUCAUUUAGUGCUGCAUCCAAUGUCACAGGAGUUAUUUCUGACUGUGAUUCCAUUUGCAAAUUAUGUCACGAAUAUGGUGCUGUGUGUUUCUUUGAUUUUGCAGCUUCUGCUCCCUAUGUUCCAAUUCAAAUGAAUCCUACGAAUGAUCCUCUCUACCACAAAGAUGCCAUUUUCAUUUCACCUCACAAAUUUAUUGGAGGACCUGGCACACCUGGAGUCUUGGUUGCAAAGAAGAAAUUAUUUCAAAACAAAAUUCCAAGUAGACCAGGAGGUGGUACUGUGUAUUUUGUCGACAUGACCAAUCACAGCUAUACCAAUGUGAUUGAGGAGAGAGAAGAGGGAGGAACUCCAGAUAUUGUAGGAUCCAUUCGAUGUGCUCUGGCAUUCAAAUUAAAAGAAGAAGUGGGACCCACUCUCAUUUCAAAAAUUGAGGAAAAUUACAGAGAUCGAGCCUUUACAUUUUUAUCCAACAAUCCAAAUUUGUACAUUUUGGGACCAAGUAAGCAGUGUAUAGAGGAAGGAGGGGUUCACAAACUUGCAUUCUUCUCAUUUCUUAUUCGACACGGUGAAUUAUUUUUGCAUCAUUCAUUUGUGAGUUUAUUACUGAAUGACUUGUUUGGAUUGCAAGUGAGAGGAGGAUGUGCCUGUGCUGGGCCUUAUGGUCAAGAAUUGUUAGGAAUUUCACACAAAGAAGCGACUGAACUUGAGACAGCUCUAUUAGAGUCUUACACGAGCAAUGUUUCUCUGGUUCAUUUGAAACCUGGAUGGACCCGAUUGAAUUUGAAUUAUUUCUUUGAUGACGGAACGGUUGACUUUGUUUUGAAAGCUGUCGAUUUUGUGGCCACUCAUGGCUGGAAGUUUUUACCCUAUUAUGUGUUUAAUGAAAAGACAAAUGAAUGGAUGCAUCGAAGAUUUGACGCUACUCAGCUUAACUUGACCUCUCAAAUUCAUGAGAAUUAUACAAGCUUUUUAGCUCAGCAUAGAAAGAAGCUAACUGAUGUGACCUUCAAGAAUGGACAUUUGGAGUUUGUUGAAACUUUUGGAAAAUUGCAUAACAUGGAACCCAAUACGAUUCAUACCUACUCGGCAAUUUUGGAUGAUGUAGAAUCUUUAUUGAAGGUGACUAUGGAAAUUGUCAAGGACAAACAUAACCAGACUUAUCUCAUUCUCGACUACGAUUCCGAAAUUGAAAAAUUAUUUGGUGACGAGAAAGUUCAUGGUUUCAAUAAGAAAUAUGGUCAUUUGCGGUGGUAUCUAUUGCCAAGUGAGGCCUUACUGGAUCUUAAAGGAAAACCAAGAAAAGAACAAGCUCUCAAGAUGGAGACUUUGGUGAAGCCGAAAAUAUAUCCUACCAGUGAUGAAUAUGUGUCGCAUCAAUUUAUUAAGGAACUCUUGUAUUUUUCAAAGAAGCAAUGA